AUGAACCAAGACCCAAAACCGUUUCUCAAAAACCUUCUUUCUUCUCUUGAUGCGCUGUAUCAUGCACCAACUCAAUCGUUUACAAAUGUGGAAGCCUAUGCCACUCAGUUCGGGUCAGGUCUAAAAAGAUCGUGCGCAAUCAUCAUAAACGGUCAACCAAUAAUACCUUCCCCUACAGAAGACUCGAAAUUACAGUUUCAAAAAAAAUGGCUAGCUACUCCUAUAUCAUCUCACCAGCUAACAAGCUAUGAUGGGCAUUUAAUACCCAGCACAAAUAUGUUUAUUAUCAAUUUCUCAGCAAAAGUUAAAUUUGAUCAAAGCGGGAAAAACAGGUUGGGCGAGUCUGCCGAUUUGGUGCAAGAGAAUACGUUGGUGAAAAAUGCAAGACCACUAUGGGGUUCAUGGUUUGGCGUUAAUGUAAAUUUGGUUGUGGAUAACAACUUCACCGCCGGCGGCGAGAUCAUAAAUAGCAUGGACUACAGGUUUACAUACGUGCCCAAGGAUACUGUAUUAAAAGUCUAA